AUGGGGCGAAGCACCAUUUCAGUUCGUGGUUUCAAGAAUCAAUCUGAAAAACCUGAUUACGCUGUGGAAUUGAAUGCCACGAACUUCGAUUCCGUGCUCAGUGAAACCCCCGCUACUCAUGCUAUUGUGGAAUUUUUCGCUCACUGGUGCCCAGCUUGUAGAAAUUACAAGCCCCAGUAUGAGAAGGUUGCAAAGAUUUUUAAUGGAGCAGAUGCUGCCCAUCCAGGAAUCAUAUUGAUGACCAGAGUAGAUUGUGCCCUAAAGAUAAACACUAAUCUUUGUGAUAAGUUCUCUGUUGGGCACUACCCUACACUUCUGUGGGGGCCACCUUCUAAGUUUGUGCAUGGAAGUUUUGACCCAAACCAAGGAAAAGGUGAAAUUCUCUCUAUUGAUGACGGGCGAACAGCUGAGCGCCUGCUAAAUUGGAUUAAUAAGCAAUUGAGCAGCUCAUAUCUCUUGGAUGACCAGAAAUUUGAGAAUGAUCAACUUCAGAAAAAUUCUUCCGAUAUUGGACAGAUUGCACAAGCUAUUUAUGAUAUUGAGGAGGCAACAUCCACUGCUUUUGACAUCAUAUUAGACCAUAAAAUGAUCAAAUCAGAGACUCAAUUUGCGCUUGUGAAGUUCCUCCAACUUUUGGUGGUCCAUCACCCAUCUAGAAGAUGUCGGAAGGGAACUGCAGAAAUACUUGUUGAUUUUGAUAACAUUUCAGUCGACAAGAAAGAAACAGAAAGUAUUUUUGGGGUGGGAGAACCCAGGCAUUAUGACAUUUGUGGAAAAGGUGUACCUCGUGGGUACUGGAUGUUUUGUCGGGGAAGCACGAAUGAGACCAGAGGUUUUAGUUGUGGUUUGUGGGUUCUGUUGCAUUCACUCUCUGUAAGAGUUGAUGAUGGAGAAAGCGAGUUGGCAUUCUCUACCAUUUGUGAUUUCAUACAUAAUUUCUUCGUCUGUGAGGAGUGUAGGCAACAUUUUUACAGCAUGUGUUCAAGUGUUUCUAGCCCUUUCAAGAAGUCCCGUGAUUUCGCCCUCUGGCUAUGGAGCGCACACAACAAAGUUAACGAGCGACUCAUGAAGGAAGAACCCUCUCUUGGAACCAAUGAUCCUGAAUUUCCAAAAAUCGUAUGGCCUCCAAGACAGCUCUGCCCGUCUUGCUAUGCGAUUACAACUGGAAAAGACAGCAAUGAAAUCGAGUGGGAUCACGACAAGGUGUACACGUUUUUGAAGGACUAUUAUGGGAAGGAACUUGUAACUUUGUACAAGAAAAAGGAACUUCUUGCACAGAGGCGGUCAGCUUGGUUGACAGCCGAGGAUUUGACAGCUUUGACCUCAGCGAACGCCCUUGUUGUUCCUCUCGGAGCUGCACUGGCCAUCGCUGUCGCCAGCUGUGCAUUCGGAGCACUCGCCUGUUACUGGCGCCAACAUCAGAAGAGCCGGAAGCCGCCAAGAAAAAGCUGGAACUGAUACACCUAACUGAGUCUAUACAUCGAUGAGAAAAAGCUGGAACUGAUACACCGAUGGGAAACAGAUACAGUUUAUACAUGAUUAUCGAGGCGCCCCGAUGAAGAGAGAGAGCUUGCCUUUCUUCCCAGGCUGUGGAGUGUACAGAUUUUGCUUUUAUGGAUAAAGAGAUUUGUAGGGAAAGAUUACAUACUGCCUUUAUGUUUAAGCGUUAUUGCAAAGAAUGUUUCAUUGUUUAUGUAAUAGUGUAUACUAUUGUGGUAGUUAUUGAUGUUUCAGACAAUUUUUGUAACAAUUUUCAUUUGCGUGACAUAUAUGUUUCGAAAAUAGAAAUCAAUACUCCAUUCGUGCUA